AUGGAGAACAGCACUCCCGGGCCAACAGGCGCGUCGACUCGGAAGCGGAAGCGUAUCCCGAUUGCUUGCAGCUCCUGCCGUGCUCGGAAGUCGAGGUGUGAUGGUGUUAGGCCUCAGUGCUCCGCUUGCGUCGAACAAGGUAUCGAAUGUAUCUACGCAGCCAACUCUGGUGGGAGCAAUGCGCUGGUACCGAAACAAUAUCUCGAACAAGUUGAACACCGCUUAGCCGAUGUCGAAGAAGAAAUCAGUCGACUGAAAAGACUUAUACCCGCCUCGUUUCUACAAGGAAAGCAACACGUCCUCUUUCCACGUAGUGUUUCUGGCCGUACCGACGACAUUUCGGAAGUCAACUACCCCGAGGAGUCACUGAAUGUUGAGGAUGGAAGCGUCACGCAGGGGAUCACCCCCGACGCGACAGACGGUGUUGGUACUAUUGAAUUUACCACAGACGAGUCUUGGGCGUAUUUCGGGCCGUCAUCCAAUAUUGCCUUCACGAGAAUUAUUCGCCGCACGCUCGACCACUUAUUGAAUAAGACCCAAAAAGAUGAGCGCGGAGAUGCAUCCUCGACACCUGCAAAACAUGCACAACAACACAUCCUGGCUGUCUCGAGAUCUCAGUCACCAGUCACUGAUUCCUUCGACUCAAGGAAACUCGAAAAGCCAUCCGAGGCAUUGCGUUUGCCACUCGAAGAAGAGGUCAUCAAUCUUGUGCGCCAAUUCUUCCGUGACACAGGUCUCCUAUUUCCUUAUAUACACGAAGAAAGUUUCUGGAAAGCGUACGCUCAGUACCGAGAAACGGGCAUGCAAAAUGCGAAAACCGCUUGGCUUGCACUAUUGCACAUGGUUUUGGCCAUGGCAACGAGUACCAUGAACGCUACAGGUGUCGGUUUGAGCGAUCGACAGGCAAUUUCAGAGGUUCAUUACCGGCGCGCCAAAGCCCUCUCUAUGACUGAGAUGAUGACAGGGGCCAACGUAGAAGCAGCCUUCAAUGCCUCUUUGACUAUUGUUGCGACAAAGCUGGUCGAAGAUAGCUAUGGGUCUAUGCCUUUUGAUCAAGGAUAUACAAAUACCGCUAUACGGCUUGACGAUAUUCUAAAGAGUGCAGUCAGUUGCAUUACGCGAUUGGAUAUCCAGAACCCCAUGGUAGAGAAGUGCGCAAAGUUCACCGCGACCUUGAUCUUCAUGAUUCAAAGUUUGCAAAUGACUCCGGGUCGGGACGAUAUCGCUCGUGAAGUGGGAGGGAUGAGGCCAAGCCACGCAAUUCCCUCGAAUGGAGGUGAGAACGCGCAAAGCACGCAUAUAUCGGCGAAUAGCGGAAUGGAUGACGCCUUUUCUAACCUGAUGAACUAUCUCCCACCCAACUUCAACGAUUUCCCCAACACUGGUGCAAACUUCUCCAUGUCUGAGUUAAUGGAUGAUUUUACUACAGGGGACUUAUUUUGGUAG